AUGGGUAUGUUGGAAGAUAGUAAUGCAACAUCCUGUACAUUUGACUGGUAUGAUGCGCAAGCAUUUGAUGCCAAAUAUCUUGAAAAUUAUAUUUGUUCAUUCGUGAGCACUGCUGAAAAUUUCUUGAAUGAACCUAUUGGCUUUGGCCCACCACAGAAACCAAAUCCAUACUAUUUUACACAAUGUCAAAAAUGUCUAUGUAUCAUUUUGACAAACCGAGAUAUUGGAAAAAAAUUUGUAUGUAUGAAUCCAGAACCACGAUGUAUCCAUUAUAAUUGUACUCAAGCACUACCCACUACCGAGUUCAUGAGGGAUGCUCUGGAAAUAGUGAAGGAGCAUUUUAAAUUUACUUCCACAUGA